GGCAAGAAACGGGUGAGGACAGGUCGCUCCUUGUUUUAUUUCAAAAGGAAUUUAAAUUUAAAAAUUUUAAAAAAUAAUAAUUAGAUUUAUACUAAUAACCAAUAAUUCAGAAAGCUAAAAUGAUAAAUACAGACUCUGAAGACGCUACAAAAAAAUGCCCCACAACAAACCAAGCUCUCUAUGAGCUGCCUGACAACAUUAAUUACCAACUAUCACCAAUCACGAGCAUGGCAGAGCGAAGGGCUUUAAAGUCAAAAUUUGAUCGUAUUUAUGAAAGAUAUAAUAAUUUAUUGCAAGAAAUCACAUCUGCAAACUUACGUUUCAGACAACUAUGUGAUCAACUUGAUUACACACCUAAAAAUACUGGAGCUUAUGAAAAACUCAAGAAAGAUGUCGAAAUUGAAUAUUGUAAGCUGACAAAUGACAAGGCACUUCAAGAUAAAAUGACUUAUUUUAAAUUCUUACACAAUGAAUUAACGGAGAUCAAAGAAGUGGUCAUUAAUUACGAUAACAAAGUUUUGGCCAACUUGAAGUUGUAAACGACAGUAAACUAAACUCAACAUUUUAAAUUUAAUAAUUG